AUCUCACAUUCUUAGAUUAUGGAAGGAACUUCUCGAACACUUCCUUACACUAUAAGAUUCGUUGGUCUUCUUCGAAGUCACUCUCUUGGUAGAAAUCCAAAGUUUAUGGCUAGUGCGGUAGAUUUAGGAAGGGAAUUGAUAAGGCGAAAAAUAAGGCUUACAUAUGGAGGGGGCAACACUGGCCUUCAAGGAGCUGUUGCUUCAACAAUUUCUACAAAUGGUGGUAUAGUUAGAGGCUUCAUAUCAUGGUACAUAGCAGCACGACAGGUCUAUGGUCCUACACACGGUGCAGAGUACACCGUUUCCAGCAAUUACUACAAGUAUUUCGAGAUGAAUCAUGUGGUGGAGGCUUUCAUCAUACUAUCCGGAGGAAUUGAUACUAUGGAAGGUUUGUUGACCGUAAUUUUGUGGGCAUCUGAUGGUUUGCACAAUAAACCCAUUGGUGUCUUGAAAAUUGACGGUUAUUUCAAUAACCUAAUCAAAUUUCUAGACGAUGCAGUGAGGCAGAACUUCAUGUCUUUGAGUCAGAGGAAACUUUUCAUUUUUUCUUUCUUUGUUGGUGAGCUUUUAGACAAAUUAGAGUUUGCUAAAGCUUUCCCGGGACCUGGGUUCUCCUUCUUCUGCGUUGGUCUUCUGUUGAAGCAUCCUUGCCAUACCUUCAAUGAAGUCUCCGUUGGUUGUUCGUUGGAUUGCACUGCCCACCAUUAUUCCAUUGCCUACUGCCACAUCCGUGUUCACUGUGGUGUUAGUAGCUUGCCAUUUGAAGAUUUGAACGGCUGGUGUAUGUGCAAUUGGAUAUUCAAAGAUUUCAAAAGCUAUGAUUCCAGGAGCAAUUUUCUUCUGUGGAUUGUUGCUUGUAGUGUGAUCUUGCCACGAGCUGCAUUGCUUGAGUGUGUGAUUUUGAUCAUCACAGUUGUUCCUGCACAGAAAACAAAUAGAGGGCAGAGUAACUGCAAAUCUUGUGAGAUUGUUAGUGAAAGGUAGAAUAUUUUUGUAUGUCUUCCAAAAAAAGAGAGAAAUCUUA